AUGGGAGGCGUAGGAGGAGUAAGGCGCCUACGUAGGUGUUCUUCUGCUGCAAUGCGUAUUGGAGAGGUGUUGGUGUUAUGCUGCUGUUUCUUGCUGCUGAAGCUGCAUGCAGCAGCAGCAGUAGAAUCUGCAGCUGCAGGGCCCCAGCAAGUUGUAGAGAUCGAUGCGGUGGGUCCGAGGGGGGCGGGAGAUGAGAAGAAGCCAAGCUUUGCACCGGGCACUGGAGACGCCCAGCAUGGUGCGAAUGCAGACGAGCAGCUAGCGCACGAUCCUGUUCGGAGUUUAUUGGGGUCUCCUAGCAGCCAAAGAGGAAGCGGAGAGAAGUAUGGGAAGCUGCUGUCAAAGGUGCAUGACUUUGCGCAUUUGCCUGAGGGGCAUCCAGCUCGUUUGCAUGCAGAUUCUCGUUCGGCUCGUAAGCGCAGCAUCCAUUUGGUGUUAAUGGGUUUCAUCCUAGCUAUUAUUUAUUUCCUUUCCUACUUCUAUCAGAGCUACGGAGCAGGCCUCAGGACCCACCUCGAUAGACACAGUAUGGCUCUGGGGCGCCUAGGUAGUGCCUCAAGCGCAAUGUUGUGGGUUGUAGCUUGGCGCUUAUGGCUGGGGUUGGUAGUUGGGGGCUUGGUUUCUUUAGCUUUAAGUGUUUAUCAGCUGAAUUUGGCGAUUAAUAAGAAGAAGAACCCCAUACCUAAGUGGGUCUUCGACGCCUGGACUCUUCUCAUAGGGGUUCCGUUGUUAAUAGUGCUGCUUUUAACGGGUUCAGUCGUGAAACAAGCAACAGUAGAAAGUGGUGCUGCAUUUGCCCCUAAUGUUGGCUUUAUUGGUACAGUCUUGGCCCAUUCACAGGCGGCUUCACGUUACUUCUUCUUGGAUGCUAUUCAGCAAGUGCCCUUCGGCUUGGUGGUGAUAGGCUUGAUAUAUCUGUUUGGGUUAUUAAUAAAACGCUUAAAGGGGGUGCAGGCAUCACAAGGUAAGAAACCUUUACGUUUGAAGAGAAGCGGCUCGCUUGCUUUAGACGAUGAGAGCUCCCGCACGAACACUGUAACCAGUUUUGGAUAUAUGGCCGAAGGCGAUGUACAAGAGGAAGCAGACAGCAGACGCCACGGCUCCUAUGGUACGAAGAAAAGAAGCAAACGAGAUAAGACAAGAACGUCGAGGAGACUCAAUGGGCCUCAUGCAGAUGUUGAACCCCACAAUGAAGGAGAUGAUCCAGUAACACCCCAGAGCAGUGUACGUACUCGCAGAGCAGAUCGGCAAACAACUAGAGAGAGACGCAGGUCUCGCAGAGCUGCAGAAGGCACUUUGGAUGCGCGACAUGUUAAAGACUUAGCAGCGAGAAUGGAGGCAGCCGUAGCGGCAGAGAACAAAGCAGGAAACGAGCAAGACGAAGCCCAGACCGCUCCGGUGCAAGUAGAUCGAGGCACCCAAACAGAUGAUGUUGAUUUGGCUGCUCCUGUUGAGAAGACGAACUGGGGACAAGGAAUGGCAGACUCGCCCGUGGACAGUGGCCAGGAGAACGUGAAGGAUAAACAAACAGCACCAAAGGGCGAAAAGGCAGAAGGGAAGGCAGAAGGUACUGAAGGAAAGGCAGCAGGUACUGAAGGAAAGGCAGCAGGUACUGAAGGACAGGCAGCACCGGCUGGAGGAAAAGCACCAGCUGCUGAAGGAAAGGCAGCAACUGUUGCAGGGAAGGCAGCACCAGCAGGUGAAGGAAGGGCAGCCCCUGCUGAAGGAAGGCCAGCACCUCCUGAGCGAAAGGCAUCAUCUGGUGAGCGAAAGGUAUCACUUGUUGAAGGAAAGUCAACACCACCUGAACGAAAGGUAGCACCUGCUGAAGGAAAGCCAACACCACCUGAACGAAAGCCAGCACCACCUGAACGAAAGGCCCACCCUGUUGCCUUUGCUUUCCCCACGGGAGGAAGUAAAGCGCCUGCUGCUGUCGGUGUGCCUCCGAGACAAACGGGAACUGAGCAACGGGCUGAUGAGCGUGCGAAGCCAGCAGAGGAGGGGGGAGGUGUUGUGGGGGAAAGCUUCCCGAGACAGGGUAAGUGGGGAGGGAGUUCUUUCGGAGAUUUAAUGCAGAGGCGAUAA